GAGAAGUGGAAGCGAGCAUGUCGGGUACCAGCAGAGUUACGCUCGAAAAAGGAGAAAUUCAAGAACCGCAGCAUGGAUGUGUUUGGUAGCAAAGUGGGCCAGGUCCACGUGCACCGCGAGCAGGGACUGGAGAACCUGCGGCCCGGUGCCUCAAUGCGAACCGCUCUUACUGGCAACGUGAAGCGUGGCUUCGAGCGACCAGAUAAGACUACCACCAAACCGGCUGCCGCAGUGAAGCCUGGCAAGAAACGCCAGCACAAGGAGGCCGGUAACACAGACUCGCCCGCCCCG